UAUAAGUUACAACAGAUGAAAACUUUUAAGAGAUCAGUUUGUGACAGGAUACAUCAGAGCAGUAGUAGGUAUUACUAUAAUUUAUACUCAUUCCCAAAUAUUUCUGUGAGAGGUCCUUGCCCCUGUUACUAUAUUUUGUUUAGCCUUGAUGUCUUGUUCUUGUUUUCCUUUUAAAUGGAAAUGUUCCUUGUCCUGUGUUUAGCUGGUCAAACACAGUUUGGGCAUAGCAUCAACACCCGUUGAGGAAUCUCUUCAUUGCUUCAUCGCAUGUACACAUUAUUUCCCAGCUUAAAAUGUUUACAGGAUGACAGUGAAGUUGGGAGACGGCGGCGGCGGGGAGGAAGGGCUCAAGAGGCUGGGCAAGAGGGCUGCGGAUGAGGAUGCGCUGGAGGGAGAGGGGGCCGGCGGCGGGGACGCGGCCGAGGACAGCGGUGGCACAAAGAGGGACGGCAAGACCCCCCGGGGCGGCGGCCCCCCAGCCCCCGCAGGCGGCCCGCAGGCUCCGUCCCCGCCGCCCGCCUGCCCCCAGGACCAGCACCACUUCCUCCGGUCCAGCGUGAGGCCGCAGAGCAAAAGGCUCAGGAAGGACUCGUCCGGUGCCGGGGGGAGCAGCAGCGCCGGCAGCUCUGGGCCUCGCGGAAAAGGAACUGAUGGUGGCGGAUCAUCAUCUGGAAAUGGGUCUGGGGUUGCCCCUGCUGCCCCUGCAGGGGCCUCUCGCUCCUCCUCCCGGAACUUAGGAUCUUCUGGCGGUGAGAAGGAAGAAGGCAAAAAGGUCCGGCGGCAGUGGGAGUCAUGGAGCACCGAGGACAAGAACACUUUCUUUGAGGGGCUGUAUGAGCAUGGGAAAGACUUUGAAGCAAUCCAGAACAACAUAGCUCUCAAGUAUAAGAAGAAGGGCAAGCCUGCCAGCAUGGUGAAGAACAAGGAGCAAGUGAGGCACUUCUAUUACCGCACGUGGCACAAGAUCACCAAGUACAUCGACUUCGACAAUGUGUUCUCUCGAGGGCUGAAGAAGUCCUCCCAGGAGCUGUAUGGUCUGAUCUGCUACGGCGAGCUACGCAAGAAGAUCGGGGGCUGUAUGGAUGAUAAGAAUGCCACAAAGUUGAAUGAGCUCAUUCAGGUUGGGGCCACCACAGUACGUUACAAAGGAAGAAACCUACGUAUCAAAGCGCCCAUGUGCCGAGCCCUGAAGAAGCUCUGUGAUCCAGAUGGCUUGAGUGACGAGGAGGACCAGAAGCCAGUGCGCCUGCCCUUGAGAGUCCCUGUAGAGCUGCAGCCAAGGAACAAUCAUGCCUGGGCCCGCGUGCAGAGCCUUGCCCAGAACCCCAGGCUCAGGAUGAUUGUGGAGCUCCAUCGGAAGGUCUCCAGCCUCAUCGAAUUCUUGAAGCAGAAAUGGGAGCUCCAUGAAGUACGAAUUCGAAAGACGCUGUCGGAGCGGCAGCUGCAGGACUCGUUUGUGGAGCCGACACAGGAGAAAGGGGUGUUGCACCUAUUCCCAGGGGAGAACUGUACGCUGACCCCGCUUCCGGGAGUGGCCCGUGUGGUACACUCUAAGGCCUUCUGCACAGUGCAUUGGCAGGAGGGUGGCCGGUGCAAACAGAGUUCCAAGGAUGCCCACACGCUCCCUCCAGCUCAGAUCCUGGGCAUCCAGAGUGGGCAGGGUACAGCCAGGGGCCAGGUGAAGUGCCCGAGGAGCGGCACCGAAGGCAAGGGUGGGGGGCGGCCUCCUCCCUCCACAGAUGCUUCUCAGAGCUCCGGAGAGAGUUCCCCAGAAAGUGUCCUUGGCGAGGGGGCUGCCCCAAGCCUCAGCAGCCCAAGUGCUCCCGACAGGCUUCCCUCUGGGCUCCAGGACGCUGGGGUACAUCUUGAAAAGAUCUCUGUAGCAGCUCCUGUAGAGGGCGGGGAUGGCCCAGCCCAAGAGCCUGGGGCCACGACAUGUGCCUGUGGCCAGCUCCCGGAGCUGGAGGAUGAUCUCUCUCUCCUGGACCCCUUCCCCCGCUACAUGAAGUCCUGCCAGGACCUCAUCAUCCCUGAGCCGUGCCACUGUGCAGACUCUCGUCCUUCAGCGUGUGUCUCCCCAGAGACUCGCACUCCCAGCAGCGCAGAGGUGGCCAACCUUGCCCAGGCCAGGGCACCAUCCCCCAUCCGCAGCCUACCUGGCCUGGAGCCUCAGCCCAGCCCAGGGCUCCAGCCAGAUGUUUGCACUAAAGACUUGGCAGAUGCUCCUGCAGAGGAACCCCAGGAGAAGGCGAGCCCCUCGGACCUCCCACCACCUCAGGGACAGCCUUCUGCCAAGCCUCUGAAAGACAUCCCUGCCAGCCGCCUGGCCCAGCAGCUCCGAGAAGAGGGCUGGAACCUGCAGACCUCCGAGAGCCUGACACUGGCCGAAGUCUACCUCAUGAUGGGAAAGCCGAGCAAGCUGCAGCUGGAGUACGACUGGCUGGCUGUGCUGGGCCCUGAGGGCCAGACCCCAAGUGGUUCCCCGCCUGCCGCAUUCCACAAGCAGCGCCUCCUCGGCUGCCUCCUGAAGCUCAUCUCCACUGAGGUCAACCCCAGGCUGGCUCCAGAAUCGAACACCAGCUCCAUGGCUUCAGUGAGACCGGCCCAGGAGGAGCAGUCAACCACCCCCCCUGGGAAGGUGAUGAACAUUAGCUCUCGGAGCCCCCGCUGCCCUCGAAACCAGUCUGCCCUUCGCAACAACAAGACUUUUUCUCCCAGCUCCACACCUUGCCCCUCCUCAGGUUUGAGAAAUCCUCCAAGACCCCUCUUGGUGGCUGGUUCCUCUAGUACAGGAAGCAGUGACUCAGAUGGUGGCCUUUUUGCUGUCCCAACAACUUUGCCACCCAACAGCCGACACGGGAAACUCUUCUCUCCCAAUAAAGAAACAGAAUUGACUUUCCUUCAGCACUUGAACUCCAUCAGCAUGCAGUCGGAUUUCUUCUUGCCAAAGCCCCGGAAGCUGCAGAACCGGCACCUACGGAAGCCGCUGGUAGUCCAGAGAACCCUGCUUCCUAGACCUUCCGAAAACCAGUCCCACAACGUGUGCUCCUUCUCUAUCAUGUCAAAUUCCUCCAUAACUGGGAGAGGCUCGUUCCGGCCCAUCCAGUCCUCCCUCACCAAAGCGGCUCUGUCUAGGCCGAUCAUGCCCAAGGUUCUUCCGCCCCAGGCCACGGGCCACCUGGCCAGUGCUGUCGACUUAGCAGCUACAAGUGCCGGGAUCAUCCCUGGAAGCCCCCUUCCUGUCUUGGAUGCUGAGGGUCUGUCUGGCAUCUCUCCACUGCCUUCAGAUGAGGCAACAGCUACCCUCUCGAGUCAGGACUCCACUGGCACCCACCAGAAUGGAGACCCCAUCCCCACUGUGGGGGGUGCAAGUGAUCCAUUCAUCCCCAUACCCUCAAGGCCUGAGCAGGAGCCAGUGACAGACAGUUUCCAGGGUUCACCUGUCCUCUCGUUAUCUGAGCUGUCCAAGGCUCCUCACCACAAUGGGCUUUCCACACCUCUGCCUUUGGCGGAGGGCUCUAGCACUCGGCUCUCUCCGCCUAACGUCUCUGCUCUACUGGACAUCUCCCUGCCUGGCCCGCCUGAGGACGUACUAUCGCAGGGAGAACCUGCCACUCAGAUCAGCGACUCCAUCAUUGAGAUUGCCAUCAGCUCUGGCCAGUACGGUGAAGGAGUCCCUCUUUCUCCAGCAAAACUAAAUGGCAGUGACAGUUCCAAGAGUCUUCCCUCCCCAUCCAGCAGCCCCCAGCCAGACUGGAUUGCCUCCCCCACCCAUGACCCCCAGUGGUGCCCCAGCGACCCCACGGACUCAUCCCUCAGCAGCUUGUUUGCGAGCUUCAUCUCCUCAGAGAAGGGCCGGAAGAUGCUGCCGACUCCAGUGGGGACCCACAGUGGCACCUCCCUGCUGGGCCCCAGCCUACUAGAUGGAAACUCGAGAGACUCAUUUGUGUCUCGGUCCCUGGCCGAUGUGGCCGAGGUCGUGGAUUCCCAGCUGGUGUGCAUGAUGAAUGAAAACAGCGUUGAUUAUAUAUCUCGGUUCAACGACUUGGCCCAGGAGCUAUCCAUCACUGAGCCCAGCCGCCGAGAAGUUCUGUUUGAUAGCAGUGGAGGUGGCCCCCCCGUCAGUGACCUAUCCCAGUGAACGUACAACGUACCUUGUGGUGGGGGCAUCCUGGAGGCUUCAGAGGAGGGCUUACGGGGCUAGUGGUCCAGUCCGCAACUGUGGUAGGUGUAGCCCUCUUCAGACUAGAGAAAACACAAAUCAAGCCCAGAACCUCCAGAAGAUGGUCAGAAUAGAGACACCGCUGCACCCGAGUACACAAUAUGCUGGAAGCCGUAUCCCAACAGGCAGAGGGCAGUAGUGGCCCAGGAGAUGAGGACCAGUUCUGGAAGGGUCAGUGUCAGAAAUCACUGUGGUCUUUGAAGCAGUUCUUCACCAGUCGUGGGAUCUCAUAUUUGAGUCUGUGUAAGGACCACAUUUCCACCUGUGCUCCUGCCUUGGUUGUUGUAUUGGACAGUCCAGUGAGUUUUCUUUCUGAAAGAAAGGAGUGGGUGUGUGCCCUGGCAUACACAUUGCAUCCUGGGGGAUUGUAAUCUCCUUGCUCUCUGCAGGGAAACCACACUUUGGUUGCUUCUCUGCAGAGUGAUGAUGGGGGGGUGAGGGAAGUGCAAGGGAUAGCUGGGCCUGGCCUGGGCUUUGCCUAGUGGUAUCUGUACCCUGAGACAGCAGACAGUUCAUGGGACACUGAUCACAAGGCAGCUGAAGGGUCCUAGGACAUCACCCCAGAAAUAUUGAACCUUCCCUAGUGCUUCCCUAUCCAGAUGUGUUUUCUGAAAAGAAAGGGGAAAGAAUCAUGUCUUCUGCAGGUUGUAUGAACUUUUAGAAAAUAUCCUGCUCAGCUGAUAAGAGAAUGUUUUUCUUGUGUUUUAAGAAUUAGACAAUGAGGAGGUAAAACAGUUGGUUUCCUUCCUGCAUCCAUCUACAAGUUUCUUCUAGGUGACCUACAAUGUUACUUCUCUCUAUUGGGAUAUCCCUAAGCACUUGUUUGACUACAGUUAAGACUUUCCUGAUGAGUCUUUGACCUUCUUAUGUGUCCCUAUUUAGCAUAUGAGACAAAUGGACUUUGCAGGGAUAUUUCUCUUCUUCAGUCUCCUCUUUUGUUGGCCUAAGAGCAGAGCACACUGGGAUUUGUAGGUUUAAUCCCUUGUAUCUGCUUUUGCCCAGUGGUCUCUUCUUUCGCUCCUUCCUGUUCAGGGAAUGCAGACAAGGGUCAGAUGUCCUGGUGCAGUUAGAGCACUAACUACAUCACUGUGUUGUGCUCCAUAAGCCUCCUUGAGUGACCACUUGUCACCACUGCAAGUGGUCCAGCAUCCUCUUCUUCCCCAGAACGAAGCUAACAAGGCUUCUGUGCCUGCUCAGCCUUGGAAGACUCAACACAUGAUUUACCAUUUAGUCACAUUAGAUGUGGCUAGGAGCCAAUGCUCAUGUGCUGGGCUGGUAGUAGCUGCGCCACCAUCCCACCUGUUUCACCCUCCCUCGUCAGCCAGGAUCAUCCACCUGAACUGACUUGUCUCUGUUGCUCACCUUUCCUCUUCCCCUGACUGGCAGCAGAGGAGCAGCCCUUGAGGCCAGUCCCGGCCCUCUACAUAGGCUUCUCUACAAUGAGAGGUAAGCCCAUGUGAAGAGGAGAGAAAAGGUCUUUUGUGUGUGCAAGAAGAGUGGACUCUCUUGAUCCCAUCGUCUCACCAGCUGUUUGCAGCCACUUUAGGCUGCAGACAGGGUCUUUCGCUCUGAGCCAUGGAGGAAACAGGACAGUUGGCUUCUAGGCAAUAGCUUCUUUCCUUCAUCUCAGUUGUUUCUCAGAGCUUUUGUCUCUAAUGUGGCUUUCUCUUUUCAGAUCUGGUUUCUGGGCAAGCAUCACUUUAAAAAAAAGCCAUCUAGAGUCUUAGGAAGUCCCAAAGCUCUGGAGAUAUGAAAGAAAGGGACAUGGUAUCACUUUAUUAAGAGAUACAGACAACAUUGUUUGAACCAGAGCAUUUUUUAAUUACUUGAGAUUUGUGAUCAGUAAUAUCAGCUUCCUGAAAUUAGUACCUUAUUGAGCCGAACAAGAUUACCCUGCCCCACUCUGCACCUGACUUUGUUAGGUCUGCAGUAGGUUGAGAGACCAGGCGAAGUUUAGGCCAUGACUAGGUUCCUCACACUCCUGCCAGAGAUGAUAGGGCCUCUGAGCUGCUUGUUCAUCAGGGGACACCCCGAGGCAAUCUAGUUGGUAGGUUGGCACCUGUUACCCAGUGACAUCUAAAAAGAGAAAAACUGGAGAUUUGGAUCAGUUUUUGUAGGCUAUUUAGCAGCACCUCCUACCUGGGUCUCUGGCAUAGAUUCCACUUGAGGGUAGCUGACUGACCAGUGUCAUUCAGUGGGGAAGUGGGCUAGGGAAGGGGUAGAUUGACUCUUCUCACCUGUAAUAAAGCUCACAGGAUUCCAGAGAAUUAUGCUGCUUCUCUACCAACCAGAUGCUUUUAGGAACUGUUAAAGGCUGGAAUUUUCAAAAGACCCAAGCCUCCUUCCUCUUGCAUCUUCCUCUGCCUUUCCAAUGGAAGUCGUAAUAGUCUCAGUAUGCUCCUGUGGAUUCCUUGUGCAUUUGAGCCUGUUAAUUAGGAACAGAUCAGUGUCUCAGAGGCACAUUUCCAUGGUCACUCUAAUGUUGUCUGGCAUCUUUUUGCUGAUUCCUCUUUUGUAAAGAGUGAGACUGUUUCUGGUCUCAGGGGAGUUGGUGUUGUCGCCUUGAUUCUUAUUGUGACUAUCCAGUGAUGAGCAUUCCCUUCUUUAGAAAAUGCAGAGGCAGAUCAAAGUUUAUGAUUUCACAUGCGGUUUGUGAUGACAUCUUUUUAUUUCUCUGUAUCUUCUAGGUGUAGAGCACUUGCUCUGGGAGUGGGGGUAAUUGAUAACAUUUUAUCAGUUGAUCUACUUGCUUUCCUCUACAUCUCUGGGUUCUCAGCCUCAAAGUCCCAUUCUUUUUCAUUCUGUGUCACUCCUGAUGGAUCUCCUUUUCAGUGUAAUAGCAUUUUUACCUAGAUUAUACCAUCAAAUCCAAACCUGUGCAGAGAAAAGUUAUGGAUAAAAACACUGGAAAUGAGUGGAUGAGGAGAACACCAGCUGCUGUGGGUUUUUGUUUGUUUUUGUUUGUUUUUUAAGACUUUGAGACUUAUCAGAAGUGUUUGGAAGGAAAUAGGGCACUUUGUCUUAAGGCGGGGAAAAAAAGAAAGAAAUCACAGCUGACUAUCAAAGCUCUCCUAAUCCCACAGUAAUUUGUAAGUCACAUUGAGUAAGUUCAGUCUUGGAAGCACUACAGCAACCUGUACCCUUCAUUCUGUAACAGGAUAACUGGCUCCAGAGCUUCUGGUCUGGGCAGCAGAAUUUACUGCUGUUUCUUUUAAUAAUUGUUAAGCCAUAUCAUCUAAGGUUUUCGGCUUGUUUGAGAUGUGAAUUUGUUUAAUAGAUAAUAAAUAUACAUAUACAGUGUAUGUAUAAAGCAGAAUGCCUGUCCUUCCUGAU